AAAAUAAACAAUUACAACAUUACCUUACUAUAAAAAGAACCACUUGUCUAGAAAACGAAAACACAGGAAACCCCGUACCCAUAACUCUAUUAAAUUAUUUCCCAUAAUUUCGAUACUUCUUUUCUUUUCUUUUUUAAUUCUAUCGCUUUGUCUUCAAGAGUACUUGAACCUCCACUCCAAGCUUUCACGAUAUUGAAUUUGCACUAAUUUUAGAGGUUCCGUAUACUCUUUCUUUAUCGAAUUCUAUACUCUUUUUUUUUUUUCUUAAGGCAUUAAUCUUUGUCUGUUUUGACAUGAUGGGUUCUCUUAAUCCAAUCUCAAAUUCCCAAUCUUUACUUAGGAAACCUCAUCUUCAAGUUUCUUUAUCUCCCUCUACUAAUUUCCAAUCAAGUUUUGUGCCCAGAAGUGUUUCUUUUCAAUUUCCAGUUCCUAAAAUUGCCAAUAUGCCACCUUUGAGAGCUACUUCUACUGUUGUUUCUGCAACCACAGCAGAGAAACCGAAGAAGAGGUACCCAGGAGAGGCAAAAGGGUUUGUGGAGGAGAUGAGAUUUGUGGCUAUGAAAUUGCAUACAAGAGAGCAGGCUAGAGAAGGAGAGAAGGAAGUUGAGAAGCCUGAAGAGAAGGCUGUUCCUAAAUGGGAGCCUUCUGUCGAUGGGUAUUUAAGGUUUUUGGUUGAUAGCAAGUUGGUUUAUGAUACCCUUGAAGGAAUUGUUGAUGAGGCUGCUUUUCCUUUUUAUGCUGAGUUCAAAAACACUGGACUUGAAAGAUCUGAAGCGCUGGCAAAAGAUUUGGAGUGGUUCAAGGAACAGGGCUAUGCCAUUCCGGAACCAUCUUCUCCUGGCGUCAAUUACUCGCAGUAUCUGAAGGAAUUGUCAGAGAAGGAUCCUCAAGCAUUUAUUUGCCACUUCUACAAUAUAUAUUUUGCCCACACUGCUGGUGGCAGAAUGAUUGGAAAGAAGGUGGCAGAGAAAAUACUUAACAGCAUGGACUUAGAGUUUUAUAAAUGGGAUGGUGACCUUUCUCAACUGUUGCAGAAUGUGAGGGAUAAGUUGAAUAAAGUUGCUGAGGGCUGGACCAGAGAGGAGAAGAACCACUGUUUGGAAGAAACUGAAAAGUCAUUCAAGUAUUCAGGGGAGAUCCUCCGACUAAUAUUGUCAUGAUGUGGAUAAUUGUUCUAUCUCCUUGUUAUUUCUGUAAUGGUGCGCAAGCAUAUAUAUAUAUAUAUUUAUGGCUAUAUCGAAAAAAUGCUUUGAUUUAUAUUCGAACACAAUUUCUCAAUGGAAAUGAAAGCACUGCACUUGUACAUUAGUA